AUGCGUGUCGCUGUCGUUGGUGCUGGCCCUGGUGGCCUUACUACGCUGAAGUACCUCAAAGAAGCUACCAAGUUCUUUGACAUUGACCCCAUCGAAGCUCGACUCUUUGAGCGUGAAGAUGCGGUCGGUGGUACUUUUACGAAGCGUACUUACGAGGAUGCAGAGCUUGUCUCCUCCAAGUAUCUGACCUGCUUCUCCGACUGGCGCGCAGACCUUGAAGACCCAGACUUUCUCAGUGCAGAAAGGUUCAUCCGGUACUUGAAAGAGUACGCAGAUCACUUCAACCUUUGGCCUGAAAUUUCUCUUUCAACUCCUGUGACUUCAAUCAGAAGAGGUCAGGCUGGUGGUCAUGUCAUUCACUACCGUGGUCCUGAUGGCGUUGACAUGACCUGGGAAUGCGAUGCUGUCGCUGUCUGCACCGGUCUUCACGUUACGCCUAACAUUCCUGAUGUUCCAGGUAUUGACAAGGUCAAGAUUGUCAAGCACUCUUCUCAGUUCAAGAAGAGAGAAGAGUUUCCUCAUGGUAGCCAGGUUGUGGUUCUGGGUACUGGUGAGACUGGCAUGGAUAUUGCUCAUCUUGCUGUUACUUCACCAACCAAGCGCGUCGUUCUCUGUCACAGACAAGGAUUUCUUGGAGCUCCCAAGAAAAUCCCCAACCCUAUUUUGUUCCCUUGUCUGGGAAACAAACCCAACCCCAAUGCUCAGGAACUGCCCAUUGAUGUCAGCUGGCAAGCUCCUCUGCUUGAUUCUUACUUGCCACCAUUCUUGAGAGAUCGUCUCUUCACUUGGAGAUUCCAAGAUUUCAAUAUCAAGGUUGCCAACUGGCUUUGCUCUGGUACCACUGAUGGUGUUGAUCAGUGGGUUGGAGGUCUUGACAAAGAGCGUUUCCACACAUCUCAAAGCUUCUUCAACAAGGCUGUCUGGAGGUGUCUUCACUACAUCAGCGAGCCUUACCGCCCCACAAACCCUGGUAUUGUAGAGCGCAUCCGCCGCGCCCUCGUCACAGUCCCUGUAAAGGAGGUUCCAGGUGGUAAAUACAUCGACCUUGCCCCUUGGCCCAGCCACAUUGAUGACAAGGGCAUCAUGCACUUCAAGGAAAAUGGCCGUCCUGAGGCAGAGCGUAUGAAAACGUUGGGCCCCGUGAAGCCCGAUAUGGUGGUCUAUGCAACUGGUUACCGUCAGGAAUUUGCCUUCUUUGAAGAGGCUAACAAGAACGGUGAGAACUAUCCAACAUGCGCAGACGCGGAUGUUCGCUGCAUCUGGCGUCGCAACGAUCCCACCGUUGGCUUCAUCGGCUUUGUUCGUCCUGGCUAUGGCGCUAUUCCUCCCCUUGCCGAGCUUCAAGCCCAGCUUUGGCUCAUGACUCUCAUCAACCCUGAGAUGGCCAAGUCGCUUAGUUCGAGAGAAGACUACCACUUCAAGCUUCGCGGCCACAAGCGUAUUGACUACGGUGUUCAUCACGAAUCUUACGCUUACCAGCUGGCUCUCGACAUGGAUGCUGUUCCUAGCUUCUGGGACGGUGUUCGCGCUGGGUGGAACGCUGGUGCUAAGCACCCUGGUCUCUGGUGGCGUCUUCCUGUUUUGUGGUUGACGGGAGCUCAGUUCAACACCAAGUUCCGUGUUGUUGGACCGUACCAGUGGGAUGGUGCUGUUGAUGUUCUCGGUGGUGAGCUUUGGGAGACUAUCACCCGUCGCGAGGGUGCUUUCGGUGCAUUCUUCAUGACGGUUGUCCCGAUGACCAUGGUUGGAACAAGCAGCAUUGUUAUGUGGUUUGUAGAACUCUUUGCAUCUUUGAUCAACGCUAUUGGAAGGUUCUUGAAGGUCAACCGGGUUGUUUAG